AAAACUUGUGUUUCGUGCUGUUCUAGGGUGUCUUAGGCUGUUGACAAGAAAAGCAUUUCCUCAGCUUCAGAUAUAUAGUUGAUCAAAAUGUCUGCAAUAACUGUUGGAAUUUUGAUAUCAGCUGUGCUGCUCUUUCAGAACUGCUAUUCUGAUGAUCAGUGCGUGGCUUACGUAGAUGGCGAAGCUUCAGUUACCCCAACAGAUGCCGUCACUCAACAACAAUGUUACCAGGACUGUGUGUCGACGCCGAGAUGCUAUCUCUUUUUUUGGGAUGGGGCGGCGUGUACAGUGGUUUCUUUAACCACGCCUGUCGAUACUUCCUCGGAUGGAUAUAUGUCGAGUGUAACCUAUUGUACCAACACCUCAGGAAAUUGCCCAGCCUAUAUUCCAUCUCCCAAUGCGGCCGACCCAAUACAAACUACUCAUGCGGAUUGUGCUCUUCGAUCAGUAACACAGCCGUACUGCGCUGGAUAUAUAUUUGAAAAUGGCACAUGCGUACUGCAAUUUUUUAAUCACGAUCUUACAGUCGAUACGACCUCAAAUGAUGGAGGAGUUGGUUCGGUUCUCUGCGAUCUCAAUCCACCGGACACAACAACACAACCAGCUACUACAGAACAAGACACUACAAACGCCGCUUCAACUACCAGAACAACAAGAAAGCAUUGCAAGAAAGGCUAAUGGACGAAACUUCGAAAAGAAGAUUCGCCGUAGCAGUGGACAUUUGAGUUUACGUCAUCUUGAAAAUGUGACGACCAGCUGAUGUCCUCAUUGUUUUCUUUAACUUUCUAUUUCUAAAUUCUAAACAUUUUAAACUUAAAAAUUAUUAAUUUUAAAUUAAAUUUUAGAUUACAAAUUUACACACAUUUUCCUCUUUCUUUGCGAAUUUUCUUCUGAAAGUCUUAUUUUUUU